GUUCCCAACCCUCGUUAGCAUCCUUUCCUUCUUCUCUUCUCCAGCUUGCUUUCUAGCUCUGUCCUGAGAGAUGGGGAAGUCCUCCUCGGUGAUAAUAAUCUACACAACCCUAGCUCUCCUCCUACUCGUCCUCCUCGCCUCCCUCUUCUCUCCGAAAAAAUCCUACCACCGCCACCGCCCCCACCGUCGCCUCAUCCUGCGCCCCAACUCCUCCACCACCGGCGGACGCCACCACCCGCCGAUCCCCUUCGACCCCGUCAUCUCCGACAUCGAGAUCCGCCGCGAGGACAAGCAGUGGGAACGGGAGCACUUCUCCAUCCCCCACCACGACGGCCAGGGGGAGGCCGAGCCUGAGUGGGAGGACUUCAUGAAUGCCGAGGACUACAUCAAUGACGACGAGCGCUUCAACGUCACCAACCGCAUCGCUCUUCUCUUCCCCAAGAUCGAUGCGAGCCCGAGCGAUGGGUUCGUCAGUUCCGAUGAGUUGGUGGAGUGGAACCUCCAGCAGGCGACUAAGGAGACGAUGCACCGGACCCAGCGGGACAUGGAGCUCCACGACAAGAACAACGAUGGAUUUGUCUCAUUCCACGAGUACGAGGGCCCCACCUGGGACAGACAUUCCGAUGAUAAGACUUUUUCUGGUAAUGACGUGGGUUGGUGGAAAGAGGAUCACUUCAAUGCUUCAGAUGUUGAUGGAAAUGGUCUUCUAAAUCUUACGGAGUUCAAUGACUUCCUACAUCCAGCUGACAGUAAUAACCCAAAGCUGAUUCAAUGGCUCUGUAAAGAAGAGAUAAGGGAAAGGGAUAAAGACAAAGAUGGAAAGCUUAGUUUUGAAGAAUAUUUUCAUGGGUUAUUUGAUGCAAUACAAGAUUAUGAUGAAAUUUACAAUCAUUCUGAUUCCUCAAUGGAGGAGGCAUCCGCAAAGAAGUUAUUUACUCAGCUUGAUCGGGACAAUGAUGGAUUUCUAUCAGACGAUGAACUUAAGGCUGUGAUUGGUAUUCUUCAUCCUUCAGAGCGCUACUAUGCAAAACAGCAGGCCGAUUAUGUUGUAUCACAGGCAGAUUCAGAUAAAGAUGGGCGGCUAAGUUUGAGUGAGAUGAUUGAGCACCCCUAUGUAUUUUAUAGUGCCAUUUUCAGUGAUGAAGAAGAUGAUGAUUAUCAUGAUGAAUUCCGUUAAUACGUUUACAGGUCGGAAGGAUAGGAAAAACAAUAUGAUGAGAGCAUUGAAAAAAAAAAAUGUCGAAAUUUCUGUUUGCUCUUUCAACUAUCAGCAAAUUCGCAGACUAGAUAUUUGUGCUGGAAGUUACACCUGCUGAGCAUCUAAUUCCGUAUAUGUACAUUAGAGGAAAUUACAUUUUAUUUAGUCAAUGUAUUCUAAAAAUUAUAUGGUAGAUUAGAUUAUGCUCGUUCUUUUCCUUGAUGUAAGAGGUUUAUUCUUGUUGCUCCAGCUGCUGCUGUGUUGGCAAGAGAGCUCACAGUGGUACUCUGGAAUUUUCACAAGUUGCAUCUGACUUGGUUGUCUCCAAAUGCGUUAGAUUGGGUGAA